CAGCGUUGCAGACCAAGCGGAAGAGAAACAGAUAGACAGAGUGAGAGACAGCUGGAGCAGAGAGGGGUAAAGUAAAUCAUAGCAGUGUGAGCAGUUGUUGAGUAUCAAGGUGAAGUGAACGUAAGGGAAACAUGCAGGCUGCGUUCUGGACGACUGUGGGGCUGCUGUGCCUGACUACAGCUGGACUUGGCAACGCUCAAAAGCCCCAGCCAUGCCGCACUCCACCGCUGUAUACAGGAUCCCUGACUGUGGCAACCCAGAAUGAGUCGCUGUGGGCAGUUGGCAAGUUUGCUUACGAUGCCAUCAACCAGAGAGUGCACCUGGGAGAAACGGGAAUCUAUAACAACAAGAGCUUCACCUACGACGGACUGAUGCUGUUUCAGGAGGGCAUUCUGUAUGAGAUCUACUAUCACAACAAGACCUGCGUGAAGAAGCCCCUGAAGGCUGACUUCCACCCCAUGGAGGUGCCCAAGGGGGCAGAGUUCAUUUCCCAGGUGGUGAUAGGAACCUCGUCUGCACUGGGAGAGGGUCUUCUGGUCAACAGCUGGUGGGGAGACAUGCCCGACAAGCAGGGCAUUUACUUUUUGUCCUUCACCGAGUAUGGCUGCUUUCCUGUUUCUGCCUUCGUCAAGUCAAAGACCACGGAUACCUUCAGUGUAAGCUACUACGACAAUGUUGUGGGGGUGGAACCUGAUGUGUUCGUUCCACCGCCAUUUUGCAAGGAUGCCAAGCUUGAGGUGAACAAGGAUGGCAAGGAGGCAAAUUUCUUCUCCUUCUUCAAGCGUGAUUAGAUCAGAUCAUAUUAGUAGAGAGAGUGGUGGAGAUGGAUGGUAGAGGGAUUUGUCAAGAUAGCAAAUAUGGCAUCAUGUCUGAGCUCUAUGCAGCCGUGUCUCUUUAUGAAUUACAUUGCUACAGUUUGUAUCCUUGUGCUCGGCCCUUGGCAGGUGUUUUCAUCCAGGGCCCCUUGCAGUUUUUCACACAUUUAUACAGUGACUUACAAUUAUUUAGAUCCAGGAGAAAUGAGUAGCCCAGAUCCCAACGGUAACACAUUACAAAAGCUGUUCCUUAAAAAAGCUUUAUUAACACUUCAUUAUUUAGCCUAUAAACAAAGCCAACCUACGGCUGCACAGCACUGUGGGCUAGUACUGGAUGCGUUCUAUGUGUGUUAUGUGUGUUUUUAUGUGAGGGUUUCAUCUCCUUUGCUCUUUGGAGGAUAACCUUUCAGGGCUGUUGCAGCCGUGCUGUGUCUGCUGUGUUAACAUAGUAUUUUCUCACUCAUUUAUAAAGAUUAGUAAAUGCUUUGUUAAUAACAAGUUCAUUAUUUACAUUAUAUGUAUAUAUUUGGUCAAGCACGUAUAAUCCCUAAUCCAUCCCUGAGUCCAACUCUCUACUCAUUAGGCCAUGGCUGCCACUGAUAUUGAUAGUUUGUGUGGUUGAAAUAUUAGUUGAUAAUUGAUGUAUUAAUUGAAUGAUUGAUUGAUUGAUUGAUUGAUUGAUUGACUCAUUAAUUAAUUAAUUAAUUCAUUCGUUCAUUCAUUCAUUCAUUCAUUCAUUCAUUAGCAGAGACUGGAAGGGAGCCAAAAUAUUCAGCCAUGGAUGGCUAGGCCUAUUACAGUAUGGGUCUAUAGGGGCUAUAUAGUGUGAUGUCAUUGUGAGGGCCAGCAUGUAGUAACAGCAUGAUUUGUGAGGAAAUGAAUAUUGUGCACAUGUGAAGGGCUGGUCUAUGCCAAAAAAUGCCCCGGGCCGUUUUCUGUUUUGUUUUUUGGUCCCAGUCCAAAUAGGAUAUUUUUAAAGCCGGAUGUAGAUUUUAAAACUCUGUUUGAUGUGAAAACGGUAGGCCAAAACCAAUGCGUUUCAUAAAUAUCUGUCUACAUGGAAACCAGGGGGUCAGGAUUUGGCUGGUUAGCUUCACCGAUUAGCAAGGCCCUUCCUCGUCGCCAUUUUCACCAAUUCACAUCAUAUCCGGGUCCACUUCGCUCAUGAUUGGUGAGUGCACAGCACAUGCACAAGUUUAGUGUUGGGCACACAGACCUAUAUAGGUCUGUGGUUGGGCACCUUAUAAUACCUCCAUGCAUCCAAUGCCUGUCUUCCAUAUAACUUUCAACCUUACGUCAGUAACGUUGCACGUAAUUGGCUGAGUAAACUGGUCCCGGAAAUGAGCUCCAUGAAACUCCAUUUUGGAAGCUGAAAAUUUUGUUCAAUUUUGGCUGAAUUCACUAGCCUAGCGUUUCCUAUUGAAAUGACUGGGGCGGGACUUAUUCACUCUCUCCAGGUCUUAUACUACCUCCAUGGUGGAAACAACUUAAAGGUAAAAACUUGAUGACAUCCAUCUGGCAUGUAAUUGCUACAGCUGCAGAGGUAGUGUAAGCUACUCUGAUCAUAAGAUUUCUAUACAGUACAUACUAAACACGGGUCGCACACUUGUAAACACCCCCAGCUGUGCACCCCUGGCUGUGCACUCUUCAACCUCUGAUUGUUGGAUACUGCUGUCACUCAAAAAAUGAGCUCAUGUGGUUGGCUGCUCAGCAUCUUGGCCCUCCUCUCAGCAGGGAAGUUUGUAAAUGUGAAAUCUGAUGAAUGAGGUCAUUUUCAGAUACAGUCAAAUGUUAUGAAAGGUUUAAUACAUCCAUAUGGAUUUGUUUUCAAUAGGCCUACAGGAAGUGGGGCAGGAUUGUUUUUCUCAUACUCUUUGGUAGGUACAGAUUUGGAUGAAUUGCACUUUAAAAUGACACAAAUUAAAUGUCUUGUGUACCUUUAAUCAUGUUUGAAUGAGUGAAUGUUUGCAUGAUGUAUAAUUGUCUUUUGAUUACUGUACAUUAAAUACGGUCAAUAGCAACAACAAAAAAGCGAUACAGUUCUCUCUUCCAUUCAGAUGUUAUUGUGUUUGUUUUAUGCGAUUUUAUCGUAAAUCUAUAACAGUAAACAAGAUAUUUCAUAUUGGAAAGGUUUUCAUAAAGACAAGCAAAGUAGUAAAUGUGACAGGUGUUACACUUUAUUGUUGCCUUUAGAAACACUGAAUUACUUGUGCCUUUAAUAAAGUCUGAGAAUCCCAA